CGCCUCACACCAGAGUUGAGCUGCGGUUGUUGGUCCAAACACGACUAUCUUUGUCUGUUUAUGUGUCUCUUUUGUGUCGUUUCCUUGUUACCAGAAGAGUUGGGGCAAGUUAGAGCUUCCCAACAUCACUGAGUGGUCUUAGCUGCCGAGUUUAAUUUUUAAUUUGGUUAAUUAGGAGCUGUUGUCUUCAACAUUCAGCUAACAGCAGCAGGUGGUCGCUGCUGCUUCUGCUCACUAGUUCAUGAUGGCUGAUGUUUGCCAGCCCAGACGAGCCUUGGUGGAGAUCCCUGCCCCGCAGCCUAAAACUGCAGCGCGGUUAAGAAGGUCCUACCUGGAGAUAUUGAGCGCUCGUCUCACCACGUCUCCCCUUCCCAGAACCAGAAACACCAAACGAGCUCAGUCAUUGGACCUGUCCAUCGGUGAGAUGUGGAGAGGACGGAUAGAAGACCAGUGUGAGAAGAUGGAGGAGCAUCCCACCCCUCUGACCAAGCAGCAGCUCGUACAGCUCAUCAGAUCCCUCAUCUUAGUGGAACAGAGCCACGAGCCCCGGAUCAUGGCGUCAGACCUGAAGUAUCUUCAGGAAGACCUGCAGCUAAAGAAAGCAAAUGUUUACAAGUCGAUACCGUACUCGCGGUUUGGCUCCAACAGGGACGCUCACUGCUACAGAAAAGCAUAUCCUCACCUGGUGGCCUUCAAAGUUUCGUGUGAGGAGUGGGGCCAAGUUCUUCUGAGGAACAAAGAGUGGGAUGCCAUGUUGGAGCACACGCUGACGGCGUGGCGCUACACCUGCGAGCUGCCGCACUGGGACACUGCCAACCACAACGCCCUUCGAGAGCAGUGUUUCAGCAUCCUGGCAGCUCACAGCCUCGCCGCCCUGCAGCACUACCGGCCCGCGCCCGGCAGAGCACCGGAGCUGCUCAGGAGAUUGAAGAUGGCUCAGCUGCACAGCCCGUCAAUCAUUCCCUGUGUUCAGGAGUUGCAGAGGAUUAUGGGAUGUGCUGAUGACUUGUCCAUGGAUACAAAAUGAUGUGACUAUCUGGCUCAACAGCUGGACUCUCUCCAGUGAAGUGUGUGUUGUCGAUGACCUGAAGCCUUUAUUUGUGGUAAUGGGCCAAAAGUGUGUGUGUAUGUGUGUGUGUGUGUGUGCGCCAGGAAAAAUGAAUCCACUACAGUAUUCUUCCAAAGGACACAAGGGCUCAUGCGAAAUUUACUGAGUGUAUUGUACCCCGGUCAGUGGAAAAGAGCAGAACUGCCCUGCCAUAUUUCAUGAAUUUCAGGUGCUAAAAUGUGUUUAAUGUUGCCAAGAAAAAGGGGAAAAGAUAAACGCCUCAAUGCAAAAGGGGGGAACAAUUGUCACCUUUUAAUGAAAAGUGGCAUUUCAACCUAGGAAAGUCCCCUUGAAUGUGAAUUCCUCGGUGCUUCAGUUAUUGAGUUUGUGUUUUCAUAAAUCGCCUUCCGGUCUCUCCAUUUUUUUUAAUUUUUUUUUUAGUUUUUUGGUCAUUAGAAAAUAUCAUGCUGAGAACUAUUGGUGCUGGCAGCAGUACAAUUAAUGUGUUUUUUUUCUUUAGAAAUGUGUAGCCAAUGAUAUAGUUUGCUUCUGCAACCUACAAUGUCCAAAAAUAUGAAUUAACUUGUCUUGUUACUUUUGUAUGUUUGCUUUUUUUUGCCGUUACGAAUACUUGAAACUGUGCCUUUUUGUCCCGUCUGAAGUCAUCUGUCUUUGAUUGCACUGUCACUGUUUGUCCUGAAAACUUGAAUCUUUUUGAUAAAAUAGAUCCUAAUUUAAA